AUGAAUCUCUCCAGGAUCUACACGCGGUUCGAGCACUUCUUAUCCGCCAACUAUUCCCUCUGGGAGGACCGUACCCAUGACUACAACUGGACCUUCCUCAACCCCAACCCCUUCUCCGUGGACGUGUUGUUCUCGGGCCACGAGCCGGGCACCAUCGCGCUCGUGGUCAUGUACACCGUAUCGUUCAUCGCGGGGCUCGGCGGGAACAUCAUGGCGCUGCUGGUACUCACGCGUAAACGGAACCGGCUGUCCGGGGUGUCGGCCACGCGCCGGCUGCUCGUCAACCUGGCGGUGUGCGACAUGAUGGUGGUGUGCGUGUGCAUGCCCGUCAACCUGGGCCACCAGGUAUACAACGCCUGGGUGUUCGGGGACCUGAUGUGCCGCGCGGUGCCCUUCGUGCAGGCGGUGUCCGUGUCCGCGAGCGUCCUGAGCCUGGCUGUCAUCAGCCUCAACCGCUACUAUAGUGUGCACAACCCCCUGCACGCGCGCUCCUUCUUCACGGGCCGGCGGAUCCUGGGCAUGAUCUGCCUGGUGUGGGCGGCGGCGUCCGGCCUGUGCCUCCCGCUGCUGUUCAUGAACACCACGCGGGCCCUGGCGCUGCUGGACGGGGCGCACACGGUCACGGUGUGCGUGGAGGGCUGGAGCCAGGUGCGGCUGCGGCAGGGCUACAACUUCCUGCUGUUCUGCUCGCUCUACUGCUUCCCCGUGGUGUUCAACCUGGUCAUCAGCUGCCUGACCGUGCGCAAGCUGUGGGGCGCGGACGAGAAGCUGCUGAGCGAGCCCAACCAGCAAGGGAGCGCGCAGGUGGUCUCGCGCAUACGGGUGCGUAAAAGGAUCGCCAAGAUGGUGCUGUCACUGGUGCUGCUGUUCACCCUGUCCUGGCUGCCCCUGUACGUGGUGGACAUCUGGAUCGAUUUCAACAUGCCAGACUCACUGGAGCGCGAGGAGGGGAGCGAGGUGAACCACUUGCGCCACGAGUGGAUCCUCCAGGGGAGGCCGUUCGCGCAGUGGCUCGGGCUCACCAACUCGGCGCUCAACCCGCUGUGCUACUGCUUCGUGGGGAACCUUUACCGGUCGGCCCAGAGGUUCCGGCAGAGCUACCGGGAUAAACUGUCCUCUGUAUUCAGCCUGUCGCUCCAGCAGCCCUCCACGUGCAGCUCGCAGAGCAAAGCGACCCCGUGCGCUCCGGCGCACGUGGAGAAACGCGCGCCAGGCGUCGCGAGCGCCUCCAAGGUUCACGGGCAGGGCGGGAACAAUUUGGCCAAGACCAAGAGCCUGUCGGCCGUGACGGUGUGUGAGACGGUGUUUGACUGAGAGUGGGUGAGACAGUGUGGGACGGAAAGUGUGUAUGUGAGUGCAGUGUUUGACUGAAAAUAGUGUGUGUUGGACGGUGUUUGACCGAGAGUUUGUGGGACGGUAUUUGACUGAGAGUGUGAGUGAGCCGGUGGAGGACUGAAUGUGUGUGAGUCGGUGUGGGACCGUGGUGUUUUACUGAGGAAGCCGUAAUGACACACCCGAGACCCUGCAAGUAUAGGGAGGAAGGUGUCGGUGGAAGUAUUGCCCAUUGGACCAUUUCACGUGUAUCUACAUUUUGCGUAUGUUGUCCAGUAGCCACAAAGUUGAAUUGUAUUAGACAUUUAUAAACAGUUUCAUAUCAAGCUGCUAUUUGCUGUUAAAUAGUCUUCACUGGGUUAAACAACAACAUCAAC